AAUGUUUGCGAUUUGUAUGUAAACAAGAAAAUUUUUAUAUUUCAUUUUUUUUUUCAGUUGAAAUUACGUGUUUUAUUCAGUUUUUCAAGAUAUUUUUGAGAAAGGAAACCACAUUGAGUAAUUUCGCUUUCAUCAUGCUCAAGCACCAUUGAUUUGCGCCAAUCUGCGUUUACGUUUCAUCAUCCACUUGCAAUAGUAAGCUGUUAGAAGACAUUUCCAUCAUAAUUUUUUUCUCAUUCAAGCACUAAAUAUACUUGGCAAUAUGAAGAUUGCUAUUGUUGGUUGUGCUCAUGGCAAGCUCGACCAAAUCUACGACAAUCUGAAACGAGAUCAUCGGAACGAAAAAAUAGAUUUGGUCAUUUGCUGCGGUGAUUUUCAAGCCGCUAGAAAUGAAUCUGAUUUACAAUGCAUGGCUGUUCCACCAAAAUACCGGAGUAUGGGUUCAUUCUAUAAGUACUAUUCGGGAGAAAAACAGGCUCCAGUGUUGACACUUUUUAUCGGCGGUAAUCACGAAGCCUCGAAUUUCAUGCAAGAAUUACCGUACGGAGGAUGGGUUGCUCCCAAAAUUUAUUACAUGGGAUAUGCGGCAGUAAUCAGAGUAGGACCUUUAAGGAUAGGAGGUCUUUCCGGAAUUCAUAAGCCUUUCGACUUCGAUAAAGGCCACCACGAAAGAGCUCCAUACGAGGAAGGCUCUCUACGUAGCGUUUAUCAUAUACGUAAUAUCGAGGUUUUCAGACUGAAACAGGUAUCAGGCGUUAUGGACAUAAUGUUGUCUCAUGACUGGCCCCAAGAAGUUUACAACUCUGGUUGUAUCAAAACAUUAUUGAUGAAUAAACCCUAUUUCAAACGAGAAGUUGACGCGAAUACACUAGGGAACAAACCGUGUAAAGAAUUAUUGGAUCAUUUAAAACCAAAUUAUUGGUUUGCGGCUCAUCUACACACUAAAUUCUCGGCAUUAGUUGAUCAUAAAUGUAAAGAAAACCCGGGCGAGAACCGCAAAACGGCGUUUUUAGCUUUGGAUAAAUGCCUGCCUAGAAGAAAAUACCAUGAAAUUAUUGAUAUACCGAGCGACGAGAACAAUUCUGAAAUAGAACUGUAUUACGACCUUGAAUGGUUGACUAUUCUUCAUUUAACGGAUCAUUUGAUGUCUUCCCGAAAAAGCACGAAUUCCAUGCCUAACUCCACAUCAUCCGGCGAAAGGUGGAUGUUCACCCCAACCGAAGAUGAAAAAAAUUUCGUUUUACUUAGAAUGAAUAACGAUUUGAAAAUACCGCUAAACUUCGAACGGACGGCCCGUUGUUACGAGUAUAACCGGAAUAGCAGGUCUAAACCUGACCCACCCAAAGCCAUACCAAACCCGCAAACCGAGAUAUUCUGUCGAAAAUUAGGAAUCCGAGAUCCGAUCGGUGGAUUUGAAAAUAUGAAUUUGUCUAGUUACGAAAAUUCCCAAUUCUCCACUCCUGAAAAAGCGAACUUUUCCAGUUUUAUCUCGUUCAGCGACAGUCCAAGGGAAAGUAGCGGUGCGAGUAUGUCGAGUCAGAAUGACGGGAGUACAGAAGAAACAGGCGGAGAUGAUUCGUCGCAAAAUGAACGGUCGUUUGAAAAUUCUAUAAAUGACGUGAACAACUCUUUUUCAUCGGCAGACUACUUUUCUUUCAUCGAUAAUCCGUCGUUAUCGAAUAGACCUGCAUCGACGCCGGUUAUUCAGAAUAAACGAAAGUACGAUUUCCCUUCCUAUAAAGAGCCGGAUAACGAAGACUCCGCCGAUUCUACUCCAAGUUUAUUACCAAUUCAAAUAGACCGUGCUGGUAACACGUCUUUGAUUAAAAGAAGAAAUGCCAAUAUUUAUCAAGAGGAAGACUGAUCGAUCGUUAGUUUUUAUCAUUUUUGUAGAUGAAUAUUUUUGAUCGUUACUACCAAUUGUGCAGAUAAUUGUAAUUAAUUUAAUGAUUGUUGUAGAUUAACAAUUUUUAUAUACCUAAUUUCUCUAAGUAUUUAUCAUCAUUGGAUUUUGCUGCUGCAAAUGAAUUAUUAUAAUAAGUACCGUGUAAUUGUGUACUAAACUUACUACGUGAUCUCUGAUGUUCUAAAAUUUUUUAUGUACAUACAUAUGUAUUUGUGCAAUAGCGUCUGUUGUUGUAUCAAUUAUGUGAUAUAUACAUCAACUAGUGAGUGAUUACACGCAAAUGGACAGUUUUGUAAUGUUUAUUAAAAUAUAAUACAAAGCUACAUAAUGUAA